AUGGCGGACACUCCCAACGGCGACUCGACAGGAUGGACAUUGCAAAAACCUCCGCCAUUGCCGGAAGGCUACUCGAAACACCACAUCGUCUUUCUGGAAGCUGUACACGUUCCAUUGGCAGAGCUGCCUUUCGAAUUUACGAUGGACAAGUAUGAACGGACCUUCCCGGAGCAAAUAGCGGAACGAAUCAAACCCGCCACGAUUGUCAUCAGUAAUGUCAUCAACGUCAAGCCCAGCGAUAUGGAUCAAGCACCACAUCUGCAACUCCUAGCAGUUCUGGCGACAGGCAUGGCGUGGGUCGAUAAGCCGUACUGUGCGAAGCGAGGAAUUACGGUGGUCAAUACGCCUUCGGCGAACAUUGAUGCUGUUUCUGAGCAUUUCAUUGGGCUAUAUUUUGCAAGUCGAAAACGGAUACCGCAAAUCGACCACUCGGUCAAGACUUCAGAUGAGUGGAUCAAGACAAACUCUUUGAGCAAGAAGAUGUGGCCGGACGGACCGCCUUUGGGCUGUAAGCAAGAAACGCUGGGGAUCAUUGGCUACGGAGCGCUGGGUCAGAACAUCGAGAGGCUGUGCAGAGGCCUAGGAUUCCCUGAAGUUUUGGUUGCGGAGCGGAAGGGGUCUGCGAAAGUUCGAGAAGGCAGGGUGGAUUUUGGAGAAGUCAUCAGGAGGAGUACCACAUUUGUGAUUGUCUGUCCCAAGGAGCCGGAGACAAUUAAUCUGAUCGACGAAGCUGAGUUGAAUAUGAUGCGGAAAGAAGCUCUGGUCAUUAACAUGGCCCGAGGCGGAAUCGUCAACGAAGCAGCUCUGGCGAAAGCCCUCAAAGAAGGCCGAAUAUUCGGCGCAGCUGCUGAUGUUCUCGAUACGGAGCCUGGAGGUCCAGGAACGACACCGCUGUUGCCGGAUCUCAGCAAGGGAGAGGAAGAGGUACCGAACUUCAUUGUCUCCGCUCAUGUGGCGUGGAUAUCUGGUGUUACGGUUCAGACGUUACAGGUGAUCAAUCGGGACGCUAUGACGGCUUUUGUGGAGGGGAGGAUGUAUGAUCCGAAGGUUAAGGCUUGUGUUGCGGUUCAUGAUGGGAGGAUUUGGAAGUAA